GUUUUGUUGGCACAUUUCCAGGAGGGAAGGUUCUUUGUAAUUCUUUACUCAGACAUCAGGAUCACAUACAAAUCUCUUAGCAGAUAGACAAGGGAAGACAAUUCUCUUUCAAUUUUAAAAGCUACAACAUAAGUUUGGAAGUUCCUUGCCUUCACAUUGCUGGAAUCAACGUCUUGCUCACCUGAGCCGCUCACCCAAUGGAGACAGACAGAAGUAGGGCCCUUGUGCUGACUAACGUCUGAGUCACAGGGCAGCGAGGAGACUUUGUUUGUGAAAGACCCAUUUCCAUCACUGCGCUUUUCCCAAACUCGAAUACACACCCCCCUCUGGACUGUAGUUACAAGCCCAGGGCUCCUGGAGGUUUGCGUGACUUCUCACAAGUGGCCUUAUUCUAACCCAGAGAUUCCCAGCAUUCGGCUGACCCCGAAGUGGCAGGCAGCAUGCCUACUCAAUCGCUCCUCGUGUACAUGGACGGGCCGGAAGUCAUUGGCAGCUCUCUAGGCACCCAGAUGGAGGUGGAUGAUGCUGUAUCCAUCAAAGGGCCAGCUGUAGUCCCCUUCCGAGUCGCACAGGAGAGGAGCAUGACCCCAGCUGAAGGGCACAUGCCCCUGGACUGCAUGUUCUGCAGCCAGGCCUUUUCCCAUGCAGAAGACCUCAAUCAACACGUGCUCCUGCAGCACCGGCCCACCCUUUGCGAGCCAGCCGUCCUGCGUGUGGAGGCCGAGUAUCUAAGUCCUCUUGAUAAGGGUCAGGUGCCGACAGAACCCCCGAAGGAGAAGAACUGCAAAGACAAUGAAGAACUGAGCUGCGACGUGUGUGGGCAGACAUUCCCAGGGGCCUUUGAUGUUGAGAGCCAUAUGAAGAAACAUAAAGACUCCUUCACAUACGGGUGCAGCAUGUGCGGGAGACGGUUUAAGGAGCCAUGGUUUCUGAAGAACCACAUGCGGACACACAAUGGCAAAUCUGGCACCAGGAACAAGUUGCAGCAGGGCCUGGAGAGUCCUGUCACCAUCAAUGAAGUGGUUCAGGCACAUGUAGCUGGGAACAUCUCCACUCCCUACAAGAUCUGCAUGGUUUGUGGCUUCCUCUUCCCGAAUAAGCAGAGUCUCAUUGAGCACAGUAAGGUUCAUGCCAAAGAGACCACCUCCAGUGCCAGUAGCAUAGCCCCUGAUGCCCAACAAGAGGGACCCACAUCCCCCAGAGAAGAGCUGCUGCAGUUUUUGAACUUGAGACCCAGAUCCCACCCAGAGACUACAGUGAAGCCCAUCACCUGUAUACCUCAGCUUGACCCGUUCACCACCUACCAGGCAUGGCAACUGGCCACCAAAGGAAAAGUGGCCAUUGCCCAGGAAGAGGUGAAAGAGUCAGGCCAGGAUGGAAGCACCGACAAUGACGAUUCAUGUUCAGAGAAAGAGGAACUUGGAGAAAUUUGGAUUGGGGGCAAGCCAGAAGGUUCUGCAAAGUCCAAAACGAAUAGAAGCAGUUGUCCAGGUCUCUCACAAGACAGAGAGAAACCUAGACCUGCCAACAGUGAAGUGCCUUCUGGGGAUGGUGACCCCAAGUUGCCCAGCAGCAAGGAGAAGCCCACACACUGCUCUGAGUGCAGUAAAGCCUUCAGGACCUACCACCAGCUUGUCCUGCACUCCAGGGUGCACAAGAAGGACAGGAGGGCUGAUGCCCCAUCGCCCACCAUGUCUGUGGAUGGAAGACAGCCUGGGACUUGCUCCCCAGACCUCGCUAGCACGCUGGAAGACAGUGGGGCCGUGGACCGAGAAGGGGGCUCUGAAGAUGGGUCUGAGGAUGGGCUCCCUGAAGGGCUCCAUUUGGAUAAAAAUGAUGAUGGAGGAAAAGCAAAGCCCCCCCCAUCCUCGAGAGAGUGUAGCUACUGUGGCAAGUUCUUCCGUUCAAACUAUUACCUCAACAUUCAUCUCAGAACGCAUACAGGUGAGAAGCCGUACAAAUGUGAGUUCUGUGAGUAUGCCGCAGCCCAGAAGACCUCUCUGAGGUACCACCUGGAGAGACAUCACAAGGACAAGCAGCUGGUGGAUGCUGCGGCUGAGGCUAAAAAUGAAGGCCGGAGCCAGGAGACGCAGGAAGCAUUACUAACCGCUGACAGUGCACAGACCAAAAAUUUGAAACGAUUUCUUGAUGGUGCCAAAGAUGUUAAGGGCAGCCUGCCUGCCAAGCAGCUUAAGGAGACGCCUUCUGUCUUCCAGAGUGUUCUGGGCAGCACUGUCCUCUCACCAGCACACAAGGAUACUCAGGAUUUACUUAAAAAUGCAGCUGAGGAUGGCGAGAAAGUGCGAAAGAGUCCUGCCCCUGCUUAUCUGGACCUGCCCAAAAGGAGAGCCGCUGGCGAACCUCAGGCCAGUGGCCCUGCCUGUAAACUCGAAGGGGGUGGGCCCCUGGCCUGGGAAGCUAGCCAUAGGGAGAAGAUGGAGUGGGAGGCCGACUGCAGGUACAAGCCCGGUGCUGACUGCCAGGACAGGCCUUUGAAUCUGUCGCUUGGGGCACUCCACCCCUCUCCUGCUAUCUCUCUGAGCAAGUGUCUCAUUUCCAGCAUCGCCUGCCCCUUUUGUACCUUUAAGACCUUUUAUCCGGAAGUUCUGUUGAUGCACCAGAGACUGGAGCACGGGUACUACCCUGACACCCACAAGAACUGCAGUAGCAAGUCAGUGCUGAGGAGCCGGCGGACAGGCUGUCCUCCUGCCUUGCUGGGCAAAGAUGUGCCUCCCUUAUCCGGCCUGCACAAGCCCAAGGUCAAGCCUGCCUUCUCAUCACAGGCCAAGUCCCUGCACCCAGAGAAGGUCCGGCAGGGCACUUCGGGACCAAGCAAAGCUCCCCAGACAUCAGGGCCAGACAACAGCACUUUAGCCCCAAGUAAUCUGAAGUCACACAGGCCACAGCCUACUGGGAGCCUCGGGGCCACCAGGCAGCAGCAGUCAGAGCUGUUUCCCAAAGGUGGCAUCUCUGUUGCUAUGGAUAAGGUGAAAAGACCUGAGCCGAAGCUCAAGGCCCUGCCAGCUGCCCCGUCUCAGUCCUCACUCGGCAGUAGUAAUGGCAACGGUUCCAUGGAGUAUCCCAUGAAGGUUGAAAGCCCAUGGGUGCCUCAAGGGAGAGACUACUACUGCCAUCGGAAUGCAGGCAGUGCCGCAGCAGAGUUCAGUGAGCCACUUCCCAAAAGGCUCAAAUCCAGCGUGGUGGCCCUGGAUACAGAACAUCCUGGGCCCAACGGGAGAAGGGGCUUUGAGCUGCGCAAGUACCCUGUGGUCAGGAACAUCACCUCGCUGUUACCAGAACCUGUGUGCCCGUCGUCUGUCCUGUCCCCCAAAGCCUGUUUCCUGAGCCCUGGGGAGGUGGAGUCGCCUAGUGUGUUGACUAUGCAGAAGCCCUACAGCGCCUCUGGACCUCUGUAUACCUGUGGGCCUGUGGGACACACAGGCACCAGCCCAGCCCUUGAAGGAAAGAGGCCUGUGUCGUAUCAGCAUCUGUCCAAUAGCAUGCUUCAAAAGAGAGGCUACGAGAACUGUAUUGGAAAUACACAUUAUCGACCAAAUGAUAAAAAAACUUGAUUUCCGAUUUUUUUGGGAAAAAGGUCUCGCUGGAUGCAGUACAUACUUUCCACAGAAUCACACGUUGAUCCAUCUUGUGAGAGCUACUGAACAAGCUGUGACUGCUGGGCAGAGACUCGAGCAGAGAAGGAACACUACAUCCUCUAAAGUUCUGUUAACUUUUGUACCAAAUAGCAAUAAAAACUAGUGGAGCAGUUGGGCUGUACACAAAUGGGGACUGCAAAUCUAUUUUGUUCCUAAAUAUUUUUUUACAGAAUUGACCAAAUAAGUUUUUGCAUACUUGAGCGCUGCUGAAAUGAAAUCAUUUGGGGGUGGGGUGGGGUGGGAACCGUUGGAAAGCUCGCACCUCAGGUAACUGUAAAUACCUAUGUUGUAAACUUGCUUUAAGUACUGUGUUUCCUUCCUUGUGGAGCUCAAUGAUUUGAGCAGUUUCUGCUUCUUUCUGCUUUUUCAUUUAAACGUGUUUUAAAGCAAAUCUGCUUGCCCUGUAUGAUGCUGAGUCCUCCACAAUCUAUUGUUUGUCUUAACAAACUUGCUGAUGGAAGCAUUGACACUCUGGAGAUGCGCUGUGCGUCUGAGGUCAGCAGGACUGAACCUUGCACCGUUAGUCAGCUGCUGUCAGCUAUUCAGUGAGGAAGAUACCGUUGUCUUCGUGUGUGUACAGGUUCUGGAACCCCAGCAUCCUGCCUGGGGAUGGCCUGUGGUGCUUCUGAGCAAAUGUGCCUACAGAGAAACUACCGCUCUGUAGAGUGGCCGACGUUGAGUGGACGAGCCAAGCUCCGUGGGGAGCUACCUCGGUUCUUCAUUUCUGCUGUAAGAUUCAGUUUCUUGGAGAGUUGUCUUGAGUUAAGUCUAAAUAAAUAUGCCAAAUUUCCUUGUGUGAAUUGCAUGCUGGGAAGCAAUUUUAAAGGGAGUGAGAGGUUAGGGGAAAUUUUUAGUUUGUGUCUGGAGUCUUGUAUGUCUGGUGUGAAGUGGGAACGAACACCUGGAGUCUGGGUGAGAGCUGCUGCCUGAGCCUCCUGGGAGGCAGGGCGGGAAAAGCUGCCAGCAACCCUUGUCUCCAUGUUUUUUUUGUUUUACAGCCGGGGUGAUUUCCUCAGUGCACAGGCAGCUUGGGAUUGAGGGGCGACAGCCACCAGCUGGCUCAUUUGGCAUUUUAAACUUGAGUUCCUUUGAUGCCUUGAGUUUAGUCACCAAUUCUUGGGUUUAGCAAACCCAAAAUAUUUUAUUAAGAAACUGUUUGAAAAGUAAAUUUGCACUGCUUAUUUUUCUUGCCCCACCCCUCUUGUUAGGACAAAAGGGCGAAGCGCGCCAAGAACCCAACAUUUCCCCACUUUGACAGUGGAACAUGGGGGUCCUGUGCUGGGGAUACCCUGGUUGAGAUGUGUCUGCUCUGGCAGAGAGUGCUUUUUGUAUCAGGAACAUGUACACUAGGCCCUGUUCCCGUCCACAAGCUGAGCCAUAUGUACAUAAUCUAGACUGUUUUCUUAGGUUCUGCACUUUGAUAGCCUAUUUUUGAGGAUGAACACAUUUGCAAGAUGAUUGACUCAAUCUUUGCUUAAAUCCAGCGAGUGUGCAGGAAGCUCGCAGAGACGGUAAAUGUGAAUCUUGGGGGGAGGGGGGGUGCAAAAUUAAGCCUGCAUUAAAAAAAAUCACCAAAUCUAUUAGAAAGUAUGUCACUGUGUUUAAGGCUGAAAUUCUGGGGGCUUUCAGAUUUUUCUAGCUAACAUUUUCUGAAUGCAUAAAAAUUCCAGGUUUUUGUUUGUGUUUGAACAGCCCUUUGUACUUCACAGUGUGUGUUCUUGCCAUCAGUAUUAACUCUUGGGAUACUACUGGCUUCCUGUGUCUUUCCCGUGAGGCAACAGUACAUGUGAUAGAGGUACAAUUCGUUGGAUUUUUGUUAAUGUAUUUAUUUCAUUCCGGUUUGAUUUAAUUGUUGAUACUUAAGUUGUCAGACCGUAGACAUGCUUUAUUUAUGAUAUAUUUCAGCUUAAAGUUAUGUUAUUAUAUGUGGAUGUAAAUAUAGAUUUGGUGUUUUACA